AUGAAUGAGGCAGAACUGCAGGCUGAAGACGAAGAUGAAGAUGAAGACGAAGACGAAGAGACGAGAACAAUAAUGGAAAAUGGUGUUGUCCGACGCAUUGUUGAAGGCCUAGAAAGGACGAAGAAAGAAGACCAAAACAAAAAAAUCAAAGCCCAAGCCAUACUGAAUAUUCUGAAUGAAAAUAAGAAACGAGCAAAUGAAAGAAAAACAACAGGUGAUGCAGCAAGAGAAUCAUUCGGGCAUGUGCAGGGAGUAAAUGCAAACGAACAUAGUGCGCAUACGCCUGCUGAAUCUGAAGAGGAGCCCAGCACAGAGAAAGUUGACCCGAAACCAGAAGAAGACGCCCCCAUAGGACUCUCUAUUAAGGAGAGAGCCAGACUAUUCUCAAACAAAGGCAGUGAACCUUCCCCCUCAAAUGCACACGCAAACACAAAGCGAGUCCCCAUUGACCCAAGCAAGCUUGUGCACUUCAAUGGAGGCGAAAAACCUCCUGCAGUCAAGCACGGGAAUAGUAAUAGCACGCUCUGGGCGAAAAACAAAAGAGAAAGCAGGCCGUCAACACCCGAGCCGAAUAGCCCAGAACAAUCUCCUGGAGCUGCAUCAGUACUUGUACCUUCAAGGCCAGCAUCACUGAAGCCCACGCUCAGACCUGCAGUACAGACUCUCCCUGCAGAUGCAAUGCCCGAAUAUUUGGAAGUGCAAGAAAAUCCAGAGAGUAUGCCUGCAUCGCCAUUGCCAGAUUCUGACAGUGAAAGCAGCGGCAAUGCCUGGAAUAUGGACGGCAUGAGCUUCUUUAAAACCAGAACACUCGACGACAUAAAGAGAAACCUCAAGGAUGUGAAUGUCCCAACGAGGGCACCUUCUGUUGCUGUUUCAGUGAAUAAUACGGGACAGCGGCAGAAUACUCCUGCAAGCAUGAACAUCAACAAAUCAAGUACAUCUCCUCCUGACGUACCAGAAAAAUUCUCCAUGAAAAAAACAGCUAAAACUCCUCAUAUUGGUAUACCAACAUAUGAUGAUGCAGUGCAUGGGGCAACGAAUGAUACGGCACAGGAACAUGACACCCCAGAAAGUACAUCUCCUCCUGACGUACCAGAAAAAUUCUCCAUGAAAAAAACAGCUAUGAUUCCUCAUAUUGGCAUACCAACAUAUGAUGAUACAGUUCUAGGACAGAAUACUCCUACAAGCAUGAACUUCAACAAAUCAAGUACAUCUCCUCCUGAAGUAGCAGAAAAAUUCUCCAUCAAAAAAACAGCUAAGAAUCCUCAUAUUGUUAUACCAACAUACAAUGAUGUAAUUCUAGGACAGAAUACUCCUACAAGCAUGAACAUUAACAAGUCAAGUACAUCUCCCCCUGAAAUGCCAGAAAGAUUCUCCAUGAAAAAAACUAAGACUCCUCAUAUUGACAUACCAACAUACAAUGAUGUAAUUCUAGGACAGAAUACUCCUACAAGCAUGAACAUCAACAAGUCAAGUACAUCUCCCCCUGAAGUAGCAGAAAAACUCUCCAUGAAAAAAACUAAGACUAUAGGUAUACCAACAUAUGAUGAUGUAAUUCUAGGACAAAAUACUCCCGCAAGCAUGAACAUCAACAAGUCGAAUACAUCUCCUCCUGAAAUGCCAGAAAGAUUCUCCAUGAAAAAAACAGCUAAGAAUCCUCAUAUUGGUAUACAAACAUAUGAUGAUGCAGUGCAUGGGGCAACGAAUGAUACGGCACAGGAACAUGACAUCCCAGAAAGCACAUAUACGAAUGGGGCGAAUGAAAUCCCGUUUAUAACCCGGGAUGGAGUCGUUCGCAUAGAAAAGCCCAACAACCCUCUUAUAGAUCUACACACAGAUGACAUCUCAGAAAGUACAUAUACGAAUGGGGCGAAUGAAAUCCCGUUUAUAACCCGGGAUGGAGUCCUUCACAUAGAAAAGCCCAACAACCCUCUUAUAGAUUCACGCACGAAUGAAAAUGCGUCUAUGCCUGUAAAAAGCGCGCAAAACAAACUUGCGGAAGUUGUAGACCCGAGAAUUGCCAAAGAAAACGCGAAGCGGUUUGGAAUGUCGAUAGCGGGAGGUUUCAGUGAAUGCGAGUGCAUAUGCAGUCACGCCGUAGUUUUAAGAAGGGAAGCCGCUUCCAGUAACAAUGAAGUAGUGUGCAAUAUUUCCGACUCGAAAAUCUGCAUGGCACACCCGAAAAUUCGGUGGGCAAAGAGCAACCUCAUUCUGGAGACUAACGAAGGCACUAAUGAAAACAAGAACAUCCUGUUUUUGGUGGUUAGAACAGGCAAUGCACUUACAUCCCCAAAAAAUGAGUUAAUGGCCAUCCGAAAAAUAUUCGACAUGGGAGAAGUUGCAAGAGAUCAAAAAAGAUUUCCCAUCUUUAUAUUUGACAACCUAAAUUUCAAAAAAUCCGACCAAAAUAACUCUCUUUCGGUAGGAACCGCAGUUAGCGCUCCGCUCGUUAUAGGAGUGCACAAAAUGUGCCGGGAUCUGGAUAAUUUGCACACUCUGGUCUCUAUAUUCCUAUGGGAGAGUGAAGUUCUGCACCUGAACUUUGACGAGUGCAACUGCAGGAUUGGCUCACAAUGUGCGUAUUUGAGCCUUCUCAAGAAGUUGCAUGAUUCUGGUGCUGGAUCUACAGAUACACCUGAAAGAUAUAGUUUUAAAAGUACACUGAGCCAGUCCGUGCCGAACGCACUCAAUACGUUAGAUCAGCUGCCCGUCUUUAAGAAACUCCUGCACUACCAAUGCCUGAAGCUUUCAGAGCCUUCCGACCUGUUUGGCCUGGAUAUUCCUAAGGCGGGCAUACACGUGUCUUCUCUGAUUCUCAGCAUCGAUCACUACGCGGAUACUCUAAGCAAAAUAUACUCUCA